GUGAGGAGGAAAAAAAGUGACGCUGACACUCUCACACAAGCCGUAACCGAGAAGGGGGAAUAGCGUUUUGUUUCUUUUUUUCUUUAAUUUGUGUCCUUUUUAUUCUUUGGCGUUUUGUAGUUGUUUAGCUGCGCUGCUGUGGGUGACACCGUCCCACACCAGAGCGCUAGCUCUUUAUCGUUUAUGCCGCUGUCCCUUCACGCGGCGCUAUUUUGACAGUCGGGGUCGCAGUGAAUCAAGUAGCAGCAGCUAGCAGCAGCAGCAGCAGCAGCACUAGCAGCACCAUUGAACUAGCAUCGACAGAACUUGAAGGAUUGUCCACACGGCGGCCAGCAAAACGGUUUCCAGAGCUCCUGACUGGAGGACGGAUGAUGCUGCUGCACUGAGCCAGAGAGAGAGAAAAGAGACCAACCUCAGAGGACACUGAGGUGGUGGCUGGAUUUUUUUUGGUGCCCCUCCCCUUUGCUGCCUUUUUUGUUCUUCUGAUAGCUGUCCACCUUGAGGGCUGAGGCUUGCUAUGGAUGUUGCUUUGCCUCUUGCUGCAACCCUCCCCAGUACCCUACCUUAGUGGGUUUCUCUCAUUGUUCUGUGUGUGGUUCCAAUCCAGAUUCCCUGUAUUGAGUCUAGCACAGAUCUGGUACCAACUACAGCCACUCCUGGGUCCUCCCAACCCCCUCCCCUACUCCCACCCUCUCCCCCUCCCCUAAGAAGAUGUCAGUUAGCCUGACAACAGACAUCCAGCAGGAAGGAGAGAGUGGGUCACUCAAUGAGCCCUGCAGUCGAGGCAAGACCUCCCCUCAACCACAGGGCACUAAGGAGGGGACAGGGGAGGGCCUGGAGCCUGAGGAUGGCUCCUUACAGGAUGCACAGAAACGAGGUCCUAAUCAUAGCCAUGGCAGAAAAAGAUCGAAGUCUAAUGCCAAACUGAAGCUGGUACGGAGUCUGGCAGUGUGUGAGGAGUCCUGUGGUCCAUUCUCCAAUGAUGGACCCCCAGAAUCGGACAUCAUCCAACUUCACAUCAGCUGUCCAUCAGACAAGGAGGAGGAGAAGUCCUCAAAAGAUGAAUAUGAAAAUGAUGAGAAGGAGAAGAAGGAGAAGAAGGACAAGACUCCACGAAAGAUGCUGUCUCGUGACUCCAGUCAGGAAUACACUGAUUCCACGGGCAUUGAUGUUCACGAGUUUUUGGUCAACACACUGAAAAACAAUCCCAGGGAUCGAAUGAUGCUGCUCAAACUAGAACAAGAUAUCCUGGAGUUCAUUAAUGACGACAAUAACCAGUAUAAGAAGUUUCCUCAGAUGACUUCUUAUCACCGCAUGCUGCUUCAUCGUGUGGCUGCCUACUUCGGCAUGGACCACAAUGUGGAUCAGACUGGCAAGGCUGUUAUCAUCAACAAAACAGGCAACACACGCAUCCCAGAGCAAAGGUUCUCUGAACACAUCAAGGAUGAGCGUAAUAUGGACUUUCAGAAAAAAUUCAUUCUUAAAAGAGAUGACGCAAGUAUGGACAAGGAUGAUAAUCAGAUCCGUGUGCCACUUCAGGACGGGAGACGUAGCAAGUCUAUUGAAGAGCGAGAGGAGGAGUAUCAGCGAGUACGAGACCGGAUCUUUGCCCGGGAAGUGUCAUUUUUUUUACAGUCCUCUCAAAAUGGAUACAUCAAUGACAGCAGACUUUCCACUGAGGGCUACUGCUCUAGCUCUCAAAAGAGGAGGCAGAUCUUUAGAGGGAAUCGUGAUAGCUCCAGCCGGGCAUCAAGCAGUCGUCAAAGCAGCACAGACAGUGAAAUGAAAUGCCUGGAACCCCGGCCCUGGAGCAGCACCGACUCGGACAGCUCUAACCGCACCCUCCGGCCACCUGUCACCAAGGCCAGCAGCUUCUCUGGCAUAUCCAUCCUUACCAGAGGGGAUAGCCUUGGCAGCAACAAAGGCUCACAGGGAAGCUGCAAAGGCUCUCGUUCUGGCCUGUCCCUCAUCAGUCCAGAUGUGUGUCCCCCACCUUCAGCCUCCCAGUCCAGCUGUAGCCUGCUUCCCUGCCCAUCACAACAGCCACAGCAGCCACAGCCCCAGGCUCCACCUCAGACUGCCCUGUUGCCCACCCCACAGCAGCACCCCAUGGGCAACCACAUGAUUGCUCAGCCGGUGGCAUCUCUGCAGCCUUCUCAGCCUGUCUCCUACUCCAGCCCUUCCUGCCCCCAGGUUCUCCUGCCAGUUUCUCCUCCCCAGCAGUACACAAUGGGAGAAGAGUUGGCCCCCCAGUUCACCCAGAUGACGCUGAGUCGGCAGGGGUCCAGCGAGAACCCUGAGCCUCCCCCUAUGUAUCAAGCUACUCCCACGGUGUUAUCCCAGCACCCCACUCAGACCAGUUACAUCAUGGCUACAACUGGUCAACCAAUGCCACCUCCAUCUGGCUACCAGCCUGCCACUGGACACCCUCAUCCUCCACCUCCACCACCUCCUCCAUCUCAGCCUGUCAUGCAGGCUCCACCGCCCCCACAAGGCUACAUGCAGCCCCCUCCACAACAACAGAUACAGGUGUCAUACUACUCUCCUGGUCAGUAUCCCAGCUCAGGCCAGCAGUACCGUGUGCCCCAACCCAUAUCUCACCAGGUGUCUUAUCCUACCCAGCGCACUCAACCUAUGCCUCAGCCCACACAACAGUCAGGUCUCCAGACAAUGAUGCCCAGCCAGCAGUCAAGCUACCAGAGCAUGAUGAGUGUGCAGCAGCCCCAAAACACUGGUCUGCUCAAUUCCCAGAGAGCGGGCAUGGGAGGACAAAUGCAAAGCAUAAUGGUCCAGUACCCGCAGAUGCCAUCAUAUCAGGUGCCUGUGGGAAAUGAGAAUCAGCAGGUGGUGCAGCAGCAGUACCAGCAGCAGGUGAUGGUACCGGUCAGCCAGUCUGUUCAGGGACCCAUGCCUGUCUACUACAGUGUUAUCACCCCUACACAGCAGAAUAGCACAAGCCCAUCAGUAGGUUAUCUACAGCCCCCCAGCAAUGAGCAGUAUCAAAUCACACAGUCACCAUCCCCCUGCAACCCUCAGCAGUUGCAGCAGCAAUAUUCAGGGGUUCCCCCUCCAGGACCUGGGGUGAUGGUAAUGCAGCUCAGCGUCCCCAAUGGACCACAGCCCUCCCAGAAUCCUCCUCUGGUCCAGUGGAACCCAUGCAAGUACUACAGCUUAGAACAGAGACCCAGCAAACCAGGAGAGCUCUACAAACCUGACAACACUCCACAGGCUAGUACGCAGCUGACGAGUCCCCUGGCAUCCCCCACUCAGUCUCCCACUCCAUCUCCCUCUGGCAGUGUCAGCAGUGUCUGUCCAGGCCUUGGACCAUUACCCCUCAUUUCCCAGUUUUCCCGGGCAGGAGGACCAGCCCAAGGUGAUGGGCGCUACUCUCUGUUGGGGCAGCCUCUCCAGUACAGCCUUUGUCCACCUCCCCUCAUACAUGGCCAGUCCUCUUACAGCUCACAUCAGAGUCAAGGAGUGAUGAAACACGGCGCUCGAGGGAAGAAACAAACACUCAAAUCUGCGUCAACAGAUCUCGGCACCACUGACGUUGUGUUGAGUCGAGUACUCGAGGUAACGGACCUGCCAGAGGGGAUUUCACGUCCAGAGGCCGAAAAGCUCUUCAACCAGCUGUCGAUGUGUGGUGCCAAGAUCCAGUGGCUGAAGGAGCCGCAGGGAGGCCGAGGAGGAGCGGGAGGAUGCGGCCCCUGUCCUGGUGCAGGUCCUCCUGGGCCCGGGGCCAGUAUGGGAGCUGGGGGAAUGAGGAUUGACGGCCACGACCCAGCUCACCUCUACACAGUCGUGGCAGUGUUCCCCAGCACCAUGGCUGCGCAGAGUGCUUCCUUCAAACUCAACAACAGUGGGGCUAGCCUCUUCAAACUUAGGGCCGCCAAAAAGAACUAUGACCUGCGUGUGCUUGAGAGAGCCAGCUCUCAGUGAAAGGAAACGGGGGAUGAUGGCGACAGACAGGAAGAGAGACCCUUGGUGGAUUGGUGGAAAAGGAAGGAGUGCGGGGGACUACUCUUCAUGUACAAUUUAAAAACAAACAAAAACAACUUGAGUUGUUAAAUGUAUAAAAGGGAAGAAGGUGUGAAUAAUGAGGUGGCUGGUGAUUGGUUGCAAAUAUGAUUUUUGUUGUUUGUUUUUAUUCAUCGUUUUUGUUUUGUAUUUAUAUAGCAGAAGAGCACACAAGACACGUGAGCAUGUGUUUCACUGUUGCCGUGGAAUGUGUGCUGCCAUCAUACAAAACCAUGCAAUGCCACACACGUACACACACACACACACAGACACACACACACACGCUUACCAGGAGACACAGACACUCAGACACAGGCAACAGGGUCACGUAGCACAUAACAAAAACACACUGGACAGUCGACCUCAGUUAAACCUCUUCCUCCUCUUCUUCCUCCUCCCCUCCCCUCUCUAACCCUUCUUCCUCUGCCUCCUCUUUCUCUCCCUCUCAGCUCUCCGUCACCCAGUUGUCUCCUGAACUCACAUAUUUAUACAUUUUCAUACGCACAGUUGCACACUCUCUCUGCUCCCGCUCUUCUCCGUGCUGCUCCUCCCUCCUCUUUUCUUGUCAUGUCUCAUACUGCCUCCUGCCUUUUCUCCUCCUCUGUCCCUCUCCUGUACUCUCUGCUCUCUCCUCUCUUGCUUUCUGUUUGCCUUACUGCUGUUGUGGGUUUCUGUAUUGCGCUGUUUUUUUCCUGAGAAUUUUUUUUUUGUUUUGUUUUUUGGGGUUCAAUAUAUUUAUAUAAGUGAUGUAAGGAACAAAAUAAAUCUAUAUAUUCAGUGAUUUUUUUUCUUUCUUUCCCUGAGUGGCAAAGUUUAGGCCUUCCUUUAUCCUUUACUCCUCCCCCUCUUCAUCUCCUCCUCCUCCUCUUCUUCUGCCCUCUACCUCACUUCCUGACCCACACCCCCCCCCUUCGCUCCACCCUGACGCCCCCACCGUGUUUGCGUUUUUUUUGUUGACAGCUGUGCAGAACGUAUCAGAAGAAGUAGUUAAAGUGCACAAUGAUUGCAUAUGUCUACUGUAAAUUUUAUUUAAUCUGUUAUUUUU